UUGCCCUUUCAUUAUUGAGUUGUGUUUCCGAACGCAGCGGUACUCGCUCGAAGAUGGCGGACCGUCCGGAGUAACAUCGACAUUAAGCUUUGUGAUUAUAAUCACAAAAUAUUCGUGAAUUUUAUGUGAAAAUGUGAUUCGUAUGAAUUAAAACAUAUUGUGUAGUGUUGUUAAAGUGAUUUGCAACAUGUGCCGGACAGGGAUGUGUCGUUUCGGUGUCGGGAACUGGAUAUUCUUGUUCGCCUGUCUCCAUUUGUUUACAUACGCUCAAGGCGGCGAGGACGCGCUGGACCCGGGCGUGCGGUUCAGCGCGGAGCCGGGCGACGCGGUGGUGGCGGCGGGCGAGGCGGCGCUGCUGGCGUGCUCGGCCGCGUCCAGCCGCGCGCUGCGCCUGCACUGGCGACACAGCGCCGCCGCGCCGCCCACACGGGACCACGCCAUCUCCGACACCGAUAAAUACAGGAAGCAGUUGUCGAACGGGUCGCUGUGGAUCUCGGCGAUGUCGGCGGCGCUGGCGGGCCACUACCAGUGCGUGGCCAGCGUCGACGGCGUCGGCACCAUCCUGUCCCGCGUCGCCGUGCUCUUCCUCGCCGAAGUACCAGAGGUAGUUGGCGGUCCCCGCUCGGUGCUGGGCGCGGUGGGGGGCGCCGCGCUACUACCGUGCGGAGUCCGCGCCCCCGCCCGCCUCGCGCUGCGCCUGCUGGCCGCGCCCCCCGACCGCCGCGUGUACGGAGCUGCCAGACUGCAUGCCGCGCCCCCUGUACUCAAUCUUAACGUGACGUGGCUGAAGAACGGGUCCCCGGUGCGGCUGGAGAGCUCGCGCAUGUCGCUGACGCCGAGCGGCGCGCUGGAGCUGGAGCCGCUGCGGCCGCACGACGCCGCGCGCUACGCCUGCCGCGUCGCGCUCGCCGCCGCGCCGCACCACUACAAGACGAGCGAGGAGACGGAGCUGCGCGUGAGUGCGGAGACUCCCAACGUGGAGUCCCCGCCGAGGUUCAUCGCCACGCCGCAGCCUGUCACCGUCAUGGAAGGUGCGUCCGUGACGUUCGACUGCGCGGCGGUGGGCAACCCCAAGCCGGAGAUCACGUGGCUCAACAACGGAGCCGCCAUUGACCUCAGCGACCUGGACUCGCGGUUCUACCUGGUGGGGUCGGGGUCGCUGCGCGUGCAGACGGCGCGCGCGCUGGACGCGGGCGCGUACACGUGCCGCGCGCACUCGCGCCUGGACUCGGCCGACUCCUCGGCGCAGCUGCACGUGCUCACGGCGCCGCGCGCGCUCGUGCCGCGCCCCAGCACGCUCACGGCGCGCGCGCGCGGUGACGUCACGCUGCGCUGCGACGUGCGCGGCCGCCCACAGCCCAGCGUCACCUGGUUGAAAGAUGGAGAUCCGCUUACACCCAAUAACCAUGACAUCGCUCUUGUGGAUGGGUCGUCGCUGCGCAUCCAGGGCGUGCUCCGCGUGGACGCCGGCAUGUUCCAGUGCGCCGCCAACUCCCGCGCCGGCUCCGCGCUCGCAGCCAUACGACUACUCGUGCUGCCGCCUGACGACGAGAUGCGCAACAUAACAGUAGAGGUACCGAGCACUCCGCACGACGCCCUCCCGACCCUCCCGACCACACAAGUACCUGAGGACGAGGACUUCCUGGGAGAGACGUCGUCAGCGUACACGGCGCCGCCGCUGGAGUACUCGGACAUGGAUGAGUAUGACGAUGGUGAUGGGACUGACGAUGAUGAUUCGUUGCACGCUGCGCAAGGCCUGGACCUGGAGCAGCUGCGCGCGGGCAACAGUUCGGGCGCGGCGCCGCGCGAGCUGCGCGCUGUGAUAGUGAAGCACCGCUUCGUCACGCUCAGCUGGCAGCCGCCGCAGCCCGACGAUGACGUCACCGGGUACGCCGUGCUCUACAAGGUCAAGGGCAGCGAGAGAGAGCGCGUGUGGCGCGGCGGCGCGGGGCGGCACGAGAUGAACGUGGCGUCGCUGCAGCCCAACACCACCUACACCUUCGCCGUGCUCGCAUACACCGCCCGGGGGACCUCGCCGCUCUCCGACACGAUAGAAGUAGUGACGGCAGAAGAGGAAGUGUCCCACGGGCCCCCGGUGGACCUGCGCGCCGAGGCCACAGGGCCGCACUCGCUGCGCGUGUCCUGGGGCCCGCCCGUAGGGGCCCCGCCGCCCGCCAAGUACUCCGUGCACUACACUGAAGAGGAGAGCGGUCGCGAGCAGUUGGAGUGGGUGGAGGCAGGCACGGGGCGCGGGGGCGCGCAGGCCGUGACGCUGGGCGCGCUGCGCGCCGCCGCCGCCUACUCCAUCCGCGUGGCGGCCGCCGGGGGCGCGCCCGCUGCCGUGCGCGCGCGCACCCCGGGGGACGUGCCCGCCGCGCCCCCCGCCAACGUCUCCGCCAUACCCACCGGCGCCACGUCGAUCCUAGUCCGCUGGGAGGCGCCUCCGUCCCGCACGCACCGCGGGGCCCUGACUGGCUACAAAGUCCGAUACCGCGCCCUAUCCCCGGCCCCGUCGCCGGGCCCCGCCACGCCGGGCACGGGGCCCGCCAACAGGAAGAAGGCAGACUCGCUCACUACGCCGGCCGACCAGAGGAGAGCUGAACUCAGGGGGCUGGACACUGCCACUACAUAUCAGAUCCGCGUGUGCGCGAUAAACGCGAACGGGUCGGGUCCGUUCAGCGAGUGGGUGUCUGCCACCACGCAGCGCCACGACCUCGACGAGACCACCGUGCCGCCCGCGCCGCCCCCGCUCACCACCCGCGCGGGGCGCGACUGGAUCAGCGUGUGGUGGGGCGCGGCGCAGGGGGGCGUGCUGCUGCGGGGGCUCGUGCUGGGCUGGGGGCUGGGGGUGCCCGACGAUGCAGCCCGGGAGCUGCCCCCGCAUCUACACUCGCACGUCAUCCGGGGACUCGAAUCGAACGCGGAGUACGUGAUCUCGCUGCGCGCCAGCAACUCGCGCGGGCUGGGCCCCGCCGUGUACGCCACGGUGCGGACCAAGCCGCCCGCCGACGACGAGGACGAGCCCGACGACGACGACGACGAGGACGAGGACGAGGAGGACGAGCCUCCCCCGCUCAUACCCCCCGUGGGGGUUAAGGUGAUAAUGCUGAGCGGCACGACGGCGGUGGUGUACUGGACGGACCCCACGCUGUCCAAGGGGCAGACGGCGACGGACGGGCGCCGCUACGUGGUGCGCUGGUCCAGCGCCGGGGGCCGGGUCCGCACCUUCAACGCCACCGACCUCAACUGCAUGCUCGACGACCUCAAGCCAUACACCACCUACGAGUUCGCCGUCAAACUCAUCAAGGGAGGUCGCGAGUCGGCAUGGUCGAUGUUAGUGUCCAACACCACGCUAGAGACGUCCCCCGGCUCCCCCCCGCGCGAGCUGCGGGUGUCCCCCGCCGCUCCCCCCGCGUCCCCCGCCCGCGCUGUAGACCUCGCCUGGCAGCCCCCCGCCAAACCUAACGGGGUCAUUACUGGCUACGUGAUAAUGUACGCGGUGUCGGGCGCGUCCCCGCAGUGGACGGCGGUGGCGGCCCCCGGCGACCGGCCCCGCGCCCGCGUGGAGCGCCUGCGCCCGCGCACCAACUACCUGUUCAAGCUGCAGGCGCGGAACAACAAGGGGCUCGGCCCCUUCUGCGCGCCCGUGGCCUACAGCACGGGGGCCGAGGCGGGGUCGGGCGGGGGGCUGGCCAGCGCCACGUCGGCGUGGCUGUGGGCCUCCGCGGGCGGCGCCGUGGCCGUGCUGGGGCUGGCGGCGGCGCUGGCGCUGUCGCUGUGCUGCCGCCGGGCGCAGCCCCCGCUGUCGCCCGACACGUCCACGUACCAGAAGUCGUCGGCCUCCGCCGCCAUCAAGCCGCCCGACCUGUGGAUCCACCACGACCAGAUGGAGCUCAAGCACAUGGACAAGUCGCUGCACAGCUCCGCUAGUAAGAUAUCAGCGGGCAGCGUGGAGGGCGGCGGGCUGAUGUCGUCGACGCUGACGCUGGGCCGCGCCCCCCCCGCGGAGUACGAGCCGGCGCGCCACCCCCCGCCCCCCGCGUCCCUCGACCGCCGCCACCACGUGCCCACCUACGUCGAGUCGCGCUCGGUGUCGGCGACCAGCUCCGACGCCUGCGGGGCGCGGCGCUGCGCGGCCUGCGACGCCUGCGACUCCUGCCGCGCCUGCAGCGCCUGCGACUAUAUGCCCACACCGAUGACGGGUAUGGGCGUGGGCGUGGGCGUGGGCGGCGUGGGCUGCGCGGCCACGUGCGAGCGCCGCCCGCACGCGCGCAUGCCGCAUCCCGACCAGGUACGAAGCACCCCCCUGCUGGCGGGCGUGGCCCCGCUGGGGUCCCCGCAGUCGUCGCUGGGGUCCCUGGCGCACGCACAACAUGCACAGCACGCACAACACUCGCAACAUCCGCCGCCCGCGCCAUGUGGGUCGGGCACAUGUCCACUGGGCGCGGCGUGCGCGGGGCCGGCGCUGGGCGUGGGGGGAGUGGGGGGCGUGGGGGGAGUGGGAGGAGUGGGCGACAUCUACGCGUCCGCGGCGCGCGAGCGGGGACACUACGUCGCGUACGAACCGCUCGGACACUACACACACCGCGACUCGCUAAGCAGCGAGACAGGGCCGGGCAGCGGGGGCCCGGGCAUAGUGGGCCCCGGCGGCGGGGGCGUGGGGUCCCUGCAGCGGCGCGGCGCGGGCCCCGGCGGCGGGCUGCACAGCUUCGUGAGCGACAACGCCAGCGACACGUCCACGCCCCCCCACUCGCGGGCCAGCCAGCGGGACACCUCCCCCUACAAGAAGAGCGCCAGCUCCUCGCCGGGGCACAUCCCCAACCGACUGCAGCUCGGCGGCAGUGUCCCGCACUGCGCGGACGAGCUGGAGCCGCUGACGCCGUCGCGGUCCACGGAGCGCCUGCACCGCGAGAUGCAGAACCUGGAGGGACUCAUGAAGGACCUCUCCGCCAUCACGCAGCAACAGUUCCACUGCUAGCACCCAC